GCCGGGUGCGCCCGGCCCAGUGCGCGCAGCCGGGUGUUUAGCCGGGAGCCGCGAGUGACUCAGCGCGGGGCGUGUGCAGGCAGCGCCCGGCCGGGGCGGGGCUUUUGCACUCGUCCCGGCUCUUUUCAGCUAUAAACACUGCUCGCAGCGCUCUGCUCCACCACGCCUCCUCCAAGUCUCGGGGAUCCCGCGUGCAACCUGUCCCGACUCCAGCCGCCUCUUCAACUCGCCAUGGAUCCCAACUGCUCCUGCGUCGCCGGUGACUCCUGCACCUGCGCCGGCUCCUGCAAGUGCAAAGAGUGCAAAUGCACCUCCUGCAAGAAAAGCUGCUGCUCCUGCUGCCCUGUGGGCUGUGCCAAGUGUGCCCAGGGCUGCAUCUGCAAAGGGGCGUCGGACAAGUGCAACUGCUGCGCCUGAUGCUGGGACAGCGCUGCCCCUAGAUGUAAAUAAUGCGACCUCUACAAACCUGGAUUUUUUUAUGUACAACCCUGACCCUGAUCGUUUGCUGCAUUCCUUUUUCUAUGAAAUAAUAUGAAUGAUAAUAAAACAGCUUUGACGUGA